CCCCCUUAGAUCAUCAAAUCAUCGCACGCAAAUAUCUACCAACACGCCAAAGCAAAGUUUCGUUUCUAGAAGAUUCCUUCCCUCUGGAUUCUGUGUCGUCUCCUACCUCUGACCCGAACCGAUUUCAAUCGAUUCAAUCCCUCGAUCGCGCAUCGCCUCUAGGGUUUCCAACUCGCAGGAACCGGAACGGGAGAAAGAGAGGCUGAUCAUGGAUUGGGGGAGCGUGACAGCGGAGGAUCUUAUGGACGCCCUUCGCGAGGUGGACUGGUCGUUGCCGCCUCGCCCCUUGCCCGAGUUCUUCUCCAGGUUCACCGUCCCGAGAUCUUACGCCAAGUGGAGCAGCCGGCUCAAAUGCAACCUCUACUACUAUAGGACAAACUACUUCAUCAUGAUUGUCGUCAUUCUUGCACUUGGUUUUCUCAGGAGGCCACUUGCUAUUGUUGCGGCUCUUUUGACAACCCUUAGCAUUGCAUUUCUCAAUGACAGUUUUGCUGGCACUUUUAGUGAGAAGGUCACAAGGACUGUUAGGCAGUUUUCUCCACAUUUAGCUGCCAAGAUGAGGCCAUCUCUCACACCGGUCAUCCGUGGGCGUCCAUCAGCUAAAAGGGCAGUCCACAUAUGCGGUCAGCCACGUUGGGUUUUUGUGUUGAUAUUCUCUGCUGUUUCACUUGUCCUGUGGUUCGUCUCCUGUGGUCUUUUAACUGUCCUUUGGGCACUUGUCAUUGGACUUUCUGCCACUCUCCUCCAUGCAAGUUUUAGAACACCAAACUUGAAAGCUCGCCUGAAUACAUUCCGUGAGGAAUUUCGUGCUGUUUGGCGUAAUUACAGUGAGCUGUAGUGUAUCUCCCGCUUAGAAAAGAGUAAGAUUUUCUGGGUGUUUUCCCCCAAUGCUUGAAGCUUAUUGAUAUAGUUGCAAUUUCGGAUGACUGCAGCCGAGACAAGCAUAGUGAAAUAAGUUAUUUCUCGGACCGGGAUCACUGGUGAAGGGCAUAUAAAUCUUCGCUGAUUCUCUGAAGGUGUAAAGUGUUGAAAGCAAAGUACUCCGCUUUUCAUUUCCUGGUAAGCAAAGGCAGAAGAGCAGAUACGGGUCACCAUGAAGAACUCUGGGUGACCUGAUGGCUCAUUUAGCUUUUGAAAUCAGUUUCCUUUGUGUGACAUGUAACCUUGUUUGCAUACCAGACAGGUAGGUUGGAAAAAAAGGAAACACAGAGAAAUUUGUUACGAUUAUUUGCAACUUGAGAUAGCACAACCUGUCUGUAACUCUUGGGAAGUUAAGUGGAGGAGAUUUUCUUGAGCCU